GCCUGUCCCGUCCCGCCCCGGCCGAGUUCCAGCCCCGCGGAGCAGCGCGCAGCAGGUGCCCAGCAGGACAGCUCGCAGCUGGCAUGGCGCAGCCCAGCGCACCCCCCCCGUACGACGACAAGAACCCCCUCUACCCCCCCAGUGCCUACCCCCAGCCCUCCCACUAUGCUGGAGGGUACCCACAGCCAGGGGGGUACCCUGCACCUGCGGGCUAUGCAGCACCAGGGGGGUAUGGGACACCAGGAGGGUACCCACAGCCAGGGAUGGCUAUGCCCACCAUGCCCAUGCGCUUUGGUGAUAACUAUGGAGGUGACGGUAUGGGAGGCAGCUCCCCCAUCCAGUCGGCUGACUGGGAUGACAGAAAAGUACGGCACACCUUUAUCCGCAAGGUCUAUGCCAUCAUCUCCGUGCAGCUGCUGGUGACAGUGGGGAUCAUCGCGAUGUUCACCUUUGUGUGAGUGAGGCGGUGAUGGG